GGUUAAAUCACACGUUGCAUGAGUGUGCAAACAGGAACAGGUCCCAUUAGUCCCAGACUCCCAGUACACUUGCUGGUUUCAGUAAAUCAUGCCAUAUUAGACCCCCAAUAUGAAUAGCUACUAUAUGGCUGUUAUGCAAACUUCAGAAGUAGGCUACAUGUUUUGCCUAAAAUGGGUUUUUUUUACGUUGCUGUGUUCUUCUCUGUUGUUUACUUUGAAUCCGGAAAUUUAUUUUGAAACAACGCUGUUGCUCAUAAUAAACGCAACUUGACGGACAAACAGGAGUCAACGACACACCAAUGACACUCAGCAGACAGCAGCAGUGAGGGAGAAACAAGUGAUCUCGAUGGGCGGAGAGAAAAGGACAUGACGGGAGUUUAGGUCCAGUUGAGAAGGCAAUAAGAUGCGAGCCACCUGUAAGAGGAGUGUUGGACUGUUUCUGGUUAGUGGACUUCUGCUUUGUUCCCUGUUUUAUGUGUGGAGUCCUGGGAACAGCCCCAGUGCUGACAUCCGGCCAAAACUGUGGAGUCCAUUAAAUGCACACCUCUACGGGAAAAUCCAAAACAUCGCUAACGGAUAUAAUGAUAUUCCCUACAACAUUAAAGAGGAUGUCGCAUGUCGAUUGGCUCAAAACGCAUGUGUGUGUCUGGCCGAUAAGGAGACUGUUCACCUGCCGUUCUCCAAUCUGCUAUGGCCUCGUGCGUGGGCACACAACAUCAGUAUGGCGUUCUUAGAGUCCCAUCCUGACCCUGAAGGUGUCAAGCAGCACAGAGCUCAAGAGUACCGCAGCUUUCAAAGGAGGUCCUAUGAUCCUGCAGAUGUGCUUGUUGUAGCCGAGGCCAUGAGUCCUCUGCAGUAUCCAACCCAGGGUGUGAAGGUGCGACCCCUCAAAACCAUCAUCAUUCCUGGUCUGGGCCUCAGAGAAGAAACCAGAUUAAACCACGUGGUAUCUUUGACAGCAACACUGGGGACUUUUGACGUUGCUGCUACAGUUCACAGGGUCUCUUUGGAGGGAGUGGGAGAGAACCACAUGAUUCUGUCGAGUCCUCGCCUCUCUGCUUUGAACAGACAGCUGCAGUUUGUCACCUACACUAACACUGUGUUCCAUCCCAAAACAGCAGACACAAUUGUGUUUGCAACUCAAGGUCACCAGGCGUUUUUCAACAUCCGAGUCGGACACGGAACAGUCCCGACACUUUACAACUUUAGUCACCAAAAAGAAUACAAUAUUAGUGCUCUCGUUACGAUCGCCACCAAGACCUUUCUGCGCUACGACAAACUCAAAGAUCUCAUCGACAGCAUACGGCAGUUUUACCCCACCGUCACCAUAGUGAUCGCAGAUGAUAAUGAACACCCUCAGCCAGUGACCGGGCCUCACAUUGAACAUUACAUCAUGCCGUUUGGAAAGGGUUGGUUUGCAGGAAGAAACCUGGCAGUGUCUCAAGUCACCACCAAGUAUGUGCUCUGGGCGGAUGAUGAUUUCCUCUUCACUGCAAACACCAAGCUGGAAAGGAUGGUGGACAUCCUGGAGAAGACCACGCUGGAUAUGGUUGGAGGUGCAGUCAGAGAGGUGACCGGUUACACUGCCACAUACCGUCACACCAUUUCAGUGGAUGAAGGGGGAGAGGAGGGGGACUGCUUACACAUCAGAAAUGGCUACCAUCAUGUCAUUGAGGGUUUUCCUAACUGUGUGGUCGCUGAUGCCGUCAUCAACUUCUUCAUGGGGAGGACGGACAAGAUGCAACAGGUGGGAUUCAACCCCCGCCUGGCACGUCAAGGUCAUCUGGAGUUCUUCAUCGACGCUCUGGGCGUCCUCCACAUCGGCUCGUGUAGUGACAUCAUAGUAAGCCACGCGUCAAAGAUCAAACUACCCUGGACUAAAACAGACUCACAAAAGGCUUAUGACAAAUUCCGCUACACGUACUCCAGCUCCGAUAAGUACCUCCACAAUGAAAUCUUCUACUUCAAAAACAGGUUCAAGUGCAUGACCAGUCACUGAAGCCUGGAGUCCCUCGUCUGGCUGCUGCCUCAACGUGAGGGAGGUCGAGACUUGUUGUUGUUUUUAGGUAAAAAGGAGAAUUCAGGAAUUAGUUUUUGGUAUUCUUGACAGUUUUUGCUGCUUCAGCAUUUACUGCUCGAAAAAGUUAUGUGGAAUUUAUUUCUUCUUUUAAUAAAGACAGGAAAGCCAAAGUAAACAUCUCCACAAGUUCACUCAGUUAUCUCGUUUCUUUUUUUUUGUUUUCUGAUUUUUUCUUCCAUAGCUUCUGUUUGAGUAAAUCCCCUUUCUUAAGUUCUGUAUGAACUGUGCCUUAAAAAGGGUUUUAAAAAACUUUUCUUGCACACAGUUAAAUAUCAUAGUUUCCUCCAGGUUCUGACCCUUCAUGAUGUUAUCUACAUCAUGACUCAGUAGUCGUUAAUCUUUAGGCUUGGCUCUUCUCUUUAUCUUCAGGGAUGUAAAUGCACUUCAACUACUGGAGUUGCAUAAACAUUUCAACUUGAAUGCACAUGUAAUCUUUGUCGUUGUCAAGGUGCAGAGUUGUCUUUUUGUGCUCUCUGACAACUUGACAAGCAAUGUCAAUGGGCUUUCAUUACCAGCUCAGGUAGUAUACUGAUUAGGACCAUAUGACCAUAGGAACAUGUAUUCCUAGGUUUUUGAAUGACUCCUCAUUGUAAAGUGACAAAGUGAUCGUGAACUUGUCUUGUUGUGUGUUUUGGCAUCAUAAGUUACACUGUUGUACAGUUGUUUGCCGUUUUUAUUGAGCUUUUGAAAGCUUUAUAUCUUUUGUACUGCUCUCAAUAUUUAAUAAAAAACAAUGGAAGUCAA